CCGGAUGGGUAGAUGCGUGGGAGCCACCGUGUAGACACCCAGCGGACUCCCAACACUUUGGGGAUUUAAAAAAAAAAAAAAAGAAAGGCGAGAAAAAAGACCGGACAUCUCCCUCAGCAUCACCUCGGCAGAGUGACUGUUCUCGGAUGGUUUGGAUCGCGUCCGCUGCCAAGAUGCUCUACAGACUUCUCCUGUGUUUCACAGUAACAGGUUUUGUUUCCGCGCAGCCUGACAGCGCCGGACUAUUUUACGCGCUCCGAUCUGAGCUGUCAGAGGACGCGAUCUUGGUGGCCAACAACGGAAUACGCGUGCCUUUCGGGCGGUCGGUCUUCAUCGAUCCCAUCAACGACCUGGUGAUCCAGACGCAGCCGGGGGACCGCUGCAGCAUCACCGUCCUGGACAACGACCCGCUCUCCCAGCGACCGGGGCACCUCUCGCCCAAAAAGUUUCCGUGCGAUUUCGGUCCCAACGACGUGACGUACUCCCACUACGGCUCGAGGAGCCCGGCGAGAGACAGAGUGAGGCUGCAGCUCAGGUACGACGCGCAAACCGAAACCGUUAUAAUCCCGUUCAUGAUGGAGGUGGAAGUAGUUUUUACGCAGCUAGAGUUGCUCACCAAAAACAUGCCUCUCACUGUCGAUAACCUGAAAGGGAUGAGCGGCCCCAUUGAUAAGAAGAUUUUAGAGUUUACUUACGACAGAGACGCUCACAAAUGUGAGGUGACGUCCCUGUCAAGCGGCAGCGCGCUGCCCAGAUACGGGAGACUCGUCGACGGGGGGAAACUUUCCACAAUGAUGGACUGUGAUGACUUCACACAAGCUGACAUCCGCUACCAGCACACGUUUGAUCGCAAGUCCCCGAACAGGGACUAUGUUCCCAUGGUGGUGGAGCUGCACGAUAAGGAGGGAAACCUCCUGAAACAGGAGUAUUUCCAUCUCAUGAUCCGCAUCAGAGAGGGGGAGGAAAACACUGCCCCCAAGCCCAGCUUUGUGUCAAUGAUGAUGAUGGAGAUCAGCCAGUUUGUCAUGACCGCCCUCACCCCUGACAUGCUGGCUGCUGAGGAUGCAGAAUCGGACCCAGAUGAGCUCAUUUUUAACAUCACCUCUCCUUUAUCCUACGAGGAGGGCUACAUAGUCAGCACCGAUGACAGAAACCUCCCCAUCACGUCUUUCUACCAGAGAGACCUGCGUGAUCUGAAAAUCGCCUACAAGCCCCCCUCCCUGGACUCAGACACGGAGAGGAUCUUCCAGCUGGAGUUUGAGGUGGUGGACACAGACGGGGCCGUCUCAGACCCCUUCGCUUUCAUGAUAGUCGUGAAGCCGAUGAACUCCCUGGCCCCCGUUGUGACGCGCAACACGGGCCAGCUGCUGUACGAGGGGCAGUCUCGGCCCCUCUUCACAGCCCACAACCUGGAGAUCAGCGACGAAGACAACCUGGACGCUGUCAGCAUCACGGUGGUGGACGGGCUGCGCCACGGGGACCUCAUGGUGCUGGGCUCUCACAGGAAAUUCUUCACGCCGGCCGACCUCACGACGGGGGUGGUCGUGUACCAGCACGACGGCAGCGACACAUACAGCGACAACGUCGUGUUCAAGAUGUCUGAUGGGAAAAACGAGGUGGAGUUCCUGUUUCCCAUCACAAUCGUUCCCACUGACGACGAGCCGCCGAUCAUAAAUGCAAACACCGGCCUGGUGCUGUUCAAAAACCAGAUGAUGCCUGUCUCUCCGCUCAUGCUCAGCGCCGCAGACAUCGACUCGGAGGACUCGACUAUUAAAUUCACCGUCGUCCCUCCGUUUUCUACAAUCGGCACCCUGCUGCUGCGACAGUCAGACGCCCCGGAGGACCCCUCCUCUUGGAAGUUCAACGCCGAGGACGAAGUGUACGAGAAGGAGGUGACAGAGUGGCUUCAGAAAGAUAUCACGGACGGGAAGUUGUUUUACAAGCACACAGGCCCUCACAACACAGAAACCAUCAUGGAUCAGUUUGUGUUCACAGUUCAGGAUGAUAACGACCCCCCCAACGAGUCAGGAGAGACCGUAUUUAUGAUCCGGGUUUUACCUAUAGACGACGUGCCCCCUGAGCUCUUCCCUGGCACCACCCUGCAGAUGACAGUUCAAGAGUACAAGCUCACUCACUUUAGCAAAGAAGUCCUGCGCUACACCGAUUUGGACUCUGAGGAUCGCGACCUCAAAUACACGGUUAUCCAACCGCCGAUAGAUACAGACGAAAAUAAUCAAGUUGCGUUCGGUUCUUUGGUCCUGACAGACAGCCCCGACACCGAAGUCACAGAGUUCACACAAGCCCAAAUCAACCACCACAAGAUCUCAUACGGCCCCCCAGAUGUCGAGCUCGGGAUAACAGCCCACGUGGUGCAGUUUCGCUACACGGUCGAAGACACGGCUGGGAACAGCGUGGAGGGGGCGUUCACUAUCUACCUGCAGCCUGUCAACAACAAACCCCCUCAGAUCACAAACACGGGCCUCACCGUGUUUGAGCGAGGCAUGCACGUCAUAAGUAUCGCGGAGCUGGACGCGGCGGAUCUUGACACAGACAGCGAGCAGAUCACCUUCACUCUCAUCCAGCUCCCUAAACAUGGCCAGGUUCAGGUUGCAUUCACUGACCUAGAUAUAAAAGGGGUUUUCAGACUGGAGGAUAUCUCAGAGGGGAAGAUAUCAUACAUUCAUGGCGGGGAGGAGACGACGAGUGAUGAAUUUCAGCUGGAUGUCAGCGAUGGGAUUCAUGUGGUAACUGUGACAGUCAAAGUUAAUGUAAAGCCUGUCGAUGAUGAAACUCCGACAGUCAGCCUUCCCGCGGGAACAAUCGGCUCUCACAUGGACGUGCUGGAGAACGGAGCCACGGAGAUCACUACUAAUGUCAUUCAGGGCCAUGACGACGACACAGAUGACCUCCAGCUGACCUUUAUUGUGGAAGACCCUCCAGCUAUGGGUGAGAUCCUAGUCAAAGGAGUGCCCGCCACGAGGUUCACGCAGGCCGACAUCAUUAACGGCGUGGUUGUGUACGCGCACACCGGAGGCGAGAUUGGUCUCACCGCUCAGCAGGACGGCUUCAAUCUGACUCUCACUGACAUGUCCGAUGACUGGACAGUCGGUGGCAACAAGGUCAACGGAGUGCGCGUUCGAGUCACGAUCCUUCCUGUUGACAGCCAGGCCCCUGAGGUCGGAGUCGGGAUUCAAUUCAGCGUCAUUGAAGGGGAGAAGUACGGCAUCGGCCCUCAGCACUUGAACGCUGAUGAUAAUGACACUCCAACGGAUGAUAUCCUUUGCACCAUCAUCGUCCAGCCCACCGCGGGCUAUGUGGAAAAUAUAUCGCCAGCCCCAGGCUCAGAAAAGUCCAGAUCAGGAACAGCCAUCAGUGCUUUUACCAUCGGAGACAUCAGGGAGGGGAAUAUCUACUAUGUGCAGAGCAUUCACAAAGGCGUCGAGCCGGUGGAGGACAGGUUCACAUUUAGGUGCUCUGAUGGCAUCAAUUUCUCCGAGAACCAUUUCUUCCCCAUCGUUAUCAUCCCAGCAAAUGACGAAAAGCCGGAGAUCUAUCUGAGGGAGAUAGUCGUGAUGGAGGGGAUGAACAUCGUCAUCGACACCCCGAUUCUGAACGGCGCCGACGCCGAUAUUCCACCUGAAGAGCUGAUGUUCACCAUUUCCAAACCCCCCAAACAUGGCGCCAUUUUAAACCAGCUACCCACGGGCUCGGUUUUGGUGACUAAUUUCACUUUAGAGCAGAUUAGGGAGGCAUCGAGUAUUAUUUAUGAGCACGAUGACUCGGAGACAACAGAGGACAGCUUUGAGGUGACUCUGACGGACGGGAAGUACUCUGUGCAGAAAACGGCCAUGGUUUUGAUCAUUCCUGUUGACGACGAGACCCCAAGAAUGCUAAUCAACGACGGUCUGGAGGUGGAAAUCGGGGAGACCAAAGAGAUCGACAGCAAAAUGCUCAAAGCGACAGAUUUGGAUUCAGACGACAGCGCGCUCACAUUUAUCAUCCGGUUCGGGCCCGGUCAGGGUCUCCUGCAGAGGAAAACCCCAUCCGGGUCUCUGGAGAACAUCACGCUUGGCAUGAACUUCACACAAGCUGAGCUCGACGAAGGGCUUAUACUCUACACACACAACGGCCAGGAGGGCAUCAGAGACCUGGUCAAGUUUGACGUCACCGAUGGGAUGAACCCACUGAUUGAUCGUUAUUUCUACAUCACGGUGGGCAGCAUCGACAUGGUGUUCCCCGACGUGGUCAGCAAAGGCGUGGCUCUGAGAGAAGGUGGCAGAGUGACUUUAACUACAGAUCUGCUCAGCACGACAGACCUCAACAGCCCUGAUGAGAACUUAGCCUUCACUGUUACGAGGGCCCCUGUCAGAGGCCACUUGGAGUGCACUGACACUCCUGGGAUUCCCAUUGUGUCUUUCACUCAGCUCCAGCUGGCUGGCAGUAAGAUUUACUACAUCCACACCUCAGAUGAUGAGGUGAAAAUGGACAGCUUUGAGUUUGAAGUCACUGACGGCUACAAUCCUAUUUUCAGAACAUUCAGAGUCUCCAUUGUGGAUGUCGAUAAUAAAAAACCCGUUGUCACUGUGAAUAGUUUAGUGGUCACAGAGGGCCAGAUUAAGCUGAUCACACCAUUUGAGCUCACUGCCGAGGACCAGGACACAGCAGAGAGGCUGCUGAAAUUCACCGUCACCCAGCUGCCUGUUCAUGGUAAACUCCUCUACAACGGGUCCACGCCCGUCACCAGCUUCACCAAACAAGACCUGAACGAAAACCUCAUCAGUUACAAACACGACGGAACCGAAUCCUCAGAGGACUCUUUCUCCUUUACCGUCAGUGACGGCACACACACUGACUUUUACGUAUUCCCCGACACUGUGUUCGAAACGCGGCGCCCCCAGACCAUGAAGAUCACCAUCGUGGCGAUCGACAACGGCGUGCCCCAGAUUGUGGUGAAUAAAGGCGCACCCACUUUGAAGACCUUGACCACGGGUCACCUGGGGUUCCCCAUCAGCCCCAAAGUGCUGAGGGCGGAGGACAGAGACAGCGGCCCGGCCUCCCUGAAGUUCCAAAUCACCACGCAGCCCAAACAUGGUUACAUCAUCAACCUGGGACACGGGAACAACUCCAUCAGCACGUUUAGCCAAGCGGAUAUUGAUGAACUGAACAUCUGCUACGUGUUGCGAAACGAAGAAAACGCGACUUCUGAUCUCUUCCACUUCUCCGUCGAGGACAACGGUGGGAACAAGCUGAAGGGACAGCAGUUCCGUCUGGACUGGUCCUGGAUCUCCCUGGAGAAAGAGUACUACGUGGUGGACGAGGACGACAAGUUCCUGGAGGUGGUGCUCAGGCGGAGAGGCUACCUGGGGGAGACGUCUUUCAUCGGCAUCGGCACCGAGGACGGCAGCGCGAAGGUGGACGAGGAUUACAAGGGCAAGUCGCAGAGGCAGGUCCAGUUCAACCCGGGCCAGACCAGAGCCACGUGGCGGGUUCGGAUACUGACCGACGGGAAGUAUGAGCAGGCCGAGACGUUCCAGAUUCUGCUGUCCGAGCCGGUGAUGGGAGUGAUGGAGUUCCCUUCCACAGCGACAGUUGAGAUCCUGGAUCCGAGCGAUGAGUCGACGGUGUUCUUCCCGGAACAGAUCCACUCAGUGGAGGAAGAUGUGGGAGAGCUUUUCAUCCCGGUGCACCGCAGUGGAGACAUCAGCCAGGAGCUCAUGGUGGUCUGCUACACGCAGCAGGGUUCCGCCACGGGGACAGUCCCCACCACCGUCCUGUCCUACUCGGAUUACAUCUCCCGCCCGGAGGAGCACGGCAGCAUCCUUCGCUUCGACAAGGGCGAGAGGGAGAAGCAGUGCCGCGUGAUGAUCAUCGACGACUCCCUGUACGAGGGAGACGAGAGCUUCAACGUCACCCUGUCCCUGCCUGUCGGGGGCCGCCUGGGAAGGCACUACCCCACGACGAAGGUCAACAUCUUGGAAGAUGUGGAUGACGCUCCGGUGUUUUACUUAGGAGAGGUAGAGUAUCAUGUCGAUGAGAGCGAUGGAUAUCUGGAGGUCAAAGUGUGGAGGACUGGAACCGAUCUGUCCAAGACUGGCACCAUUACUGUCCGCUCUCGCAAAGCCGAGCCCGUCUCUGCAGAAGCUGGCGUCGACUACGUGGGCAUCAGUCGUAACCUGGACUUCGCCCCGGGCGUCAGCAUGCAGACGUUCAGGGUCACCAUUCUGGAUGACCUGGGACAGCCGGAGCUGGAGGGGACUGAGAGCUUUGAGCUUGUCCUGCGCAUGCCAGUGAACGGCAUCCUGGGGGAACCGGGGAAGGCUAAAGUUUUCAUUAACGACUCUGUGUCUGACUUGCCCAAGGUCCAGUUCCGCGAGCCAGUGUACACCGGAGAGGAGAGCGACGGCCAAAUCACAGCGACAGUGUACCGCAGCGGCGACAUCAGACACAAAUCCACCGUGCGCUGCUACACCCGCCAGGGCUCCGCAGAGGUCGCCUCCGACUUUGAUGAGCGACCGAACACGGAUGCAUCUAUCAUCACCUUCCUGCCAGGCGAGGCAGAGAAGUCGUGUGUUCUGUCACUGGUUGAUGACACACUGUACGAGGAAGGGGAAGAGCUGCGUCUGGUCUUAGGGAACCCGAAGAGCGACUCACAGUUUGGCGCAUCAGUGGGAGCUCCGAACGAGACCCUGGUGAAAAUCAAGGACACGGCUGACAAACCCGUCAUCCGUUUUUCCGAGACCAAGUUCAGCGUUAGUGAACCGAAGGAGGCCGGCGCCGUGGCAACUGUGAGGAUCCCCUUGGUGCGAGUGGGUGACACAUCAAAGGUGUCAGUGGUCCGCGUUCACACCAAGGACGGGUCAGCGAUCUCAGGGGAGGACUACUACCCCGUGUCUCGAGACAUUGAGUUCAAACAGGGGGAUAAGGAGCAUGUGGUGGAGGUGGAGGUGCUCUUCGACGGUGUCAGAGAGAUGAGGGAAGCCUUUACCCUCCACCUGAAGCCCGAUGAAAACAUGGUGGCCGAGACUCAGGUAACCAAAGUGAUCGUCUACAUUGAGGAGACCAACAGCAUGGCUGAUGUCACCUUCCCCUCCCUGCCCCAUGUGGUGUCGCUGCUCCACUACGACGACGUCUCCAGGACAUCGGAUAAUCUCCACCCACCGGCUGGCUACCCCGUCAUCUGUGUCACAGCUUGCAACACAAAAUACCCAGACUACGACAAGACGGGCUCUAUCUGUGUCAGCGAGCACAUCAACAAUACCCUGACCCGCUACCGCUGGCUCAUCAGCGCCCCGGCUGGCCCCGAUGGCGUCACCAGUCCCAUGAGGGAGGUGGACUUUGACACCUUCUUUACAUCGUCCAAGAUGAUCACAUUGGACUCAGUCUACUUCCAGGCAGGCUCCAGGGUCCAGUGUGCUGCCAGGGCUGUUAAUUCUAACGGGGACGAGGGCUUAGAGCUCAGCAGCCCCAUUGUCACCGUCAGCCAGGAGGAAGGUAUGUGUCAACCACGGAAGAUGGGGACUGUCGGCGCCGAGCCUUUCUCUGCCAAGCUACGCUACACUGGAGCAGAAGACCCGAAACACCCCAACCUCAUCAAAGUGACUGUCACCAUGCCUCACAUAGAUGGCAUGCUCCCGGUGAUCUCCACCCGCCCGCUCAUGAACUUCGAACUGACUCUCAGCCCCGACGGAACGCGGGUCGGCAACCACCGCUGCUCCAACCUGCUCGACUACAACGAGGUCACCACGGGUCACAGCUUCAUCACCGCGUCCACGCGCAACCCCGAAAGCAUGGGGGACACGGCGCCCUAUCAGUUCAGCGGCUCUCUGCGGGGGAACAGCACGCUGCGCUUCUACAGGAACCUGAACCUGGAGGCCUGCCUGUGGGAGUUCACCAGCUACUACCACAUGUCUGAGCUGCUCACCGACUGCGGAGGCACCAUAGGGACUGACGGACAGGUGCUUAACCUGGUCCAGUCCUACGUGACCCUGCGCGUGCCUCUUUAUGUGUCCUACGUGUUCCACUCCCCCGUGGGAACCGGCGGCUGGCAGCACUUUGACCUGCAGUCGGAGCUGCGCCUCACCUUCGUGUACGACACCGCCAUUCUCUGGACGGAUGGCAUUGGCAGCCCCCCGCAGGCCGAGCUCCAGGGUGCUUUGUAUCCGACCAGCAUGCGCAUCAAUGAACAGGGACGUCUGGUGGUGAACUUCCGCACGAAGGCUCGCUUCAGGGGCCUGUUUGUGGAGUCUCACACCGGAGGCAGAAUAAAGAGAGCAGCUCCCUCCAUGUCGUCCAUGGUGAUGAGCGUGGACCACCCGGGCCUGACCUUCAACCUCACCUUAGUGAGGAGCGAGCCCACCUACAACCAGCCGGUCCAGCUGUGGAGCUUCACCUCCGACUUUGCUGUGAGGGACUACUCUGGCACCUACACAGUGAAGCUGAUCCCCUGUACGACAGCCCAGAAUAUGGAAUACGCCAUCCCGCCUGUUUGCAGUCCCAGAGAACCGGUCACCUUCGACCUAGACAUCAGAUUCCAGCAGGUGAGCGACCCCGUGGCAGUGGAGUUCAGUCUGAACACCCAGAUGUUCUUGCUGUCCAAGAGGAGCCUGUGGCUCUCUGAUGGCUCAAUGGGUUUCGGACAGGAGAGUGAUAUUUCCUUUUCUGAGGGCGAUACGAUCUACGGUCGGGUGAUGGUGGAUCCUGUGCAGAACCUGGGAGACUCUUUCUUCUGCAGCAUAGAGAAGGUGUUCCUCUGCACCGGCGCCGACGGCUAUGUCCCAAAGUACAACCCCACCAAGUUUGAAUUUGGCUGCCUGGCUGACUCCCCGUCAUUGCUCUACAGAUUCAAGAUUCUUGACAAGGCUCAGCCGGAGACCCAGGCACGCACAUUUGGUGAUGUCAGUUUCAACGCUGCGCUGGCAGUGGACGAUCCAUUGGCCUUGCCCCUCAUCAGACAGCCAGGGUCUGAUGGAUUUAGGUUGGACUCCACGGCCAUGUUCCAGGUCGCUGCGGGACGUGAGUGGUACAUGCACACCAUUUACACGGUGCGUUCCAAAGAGAAUGCAAACAGAGGCAUCGGGAAGCGCAGCCUGGAGUACCACUCCCUUGUCGCCGCGGGCAACGAGCUCGCCUUGACCCCAUCAGGCGGCAAAGGUCCCCGCGCCAGGAGGUCGGCUGGCGAUGAAGUCCCACGGGUCGCUGAGGAUAUCGGAGCAGACAACAACCGCGGCACCAAUAUCAUGCACGUCGCUCUGGACCGCACCAAGCGCCGGGCCGGGGGGUCGAAUGAGUUGCUCACCAACGGGCUGGAACCUAGCGAGCUGAACGCGGUGGAGGAGGAGGAGGGUCUGGUGACUGUUGUGGGGGCGCUGGUGGGGCUGCUGCUGACUGCCCUCAUUAUUGUCACCAUUAUCCUGGUGCUGAGAUCCAGACGGAAGGAUGGCAAGGAGGGAUGGAGGGAGGGGGUCCAGGAGGUGGUGAAAGGGUCCGUCAGCACAGAGCCCAUGUUGGUGGUGAGGAUGCAGGACUGCCACAACAGCUCGGAGGUCUGAGCGAUGGGUGCGUGGAUGGACAGAUGGACAAAGGGAUGAAGGUGCGGGGGCUUUUGUAAAACCUUUUUUUUUUAAAAACUGGUAUUGAAUUACUUUCAUAACACCAAAAAUUGGAGAUUGAUCAUAUGAGUUAUUAAGUGUGCGGGUGUGCUUGUUAGUGGAAGGGGGAGGGAAUUUCUACUGUAUCAUUUACGUACCUUGAUCACUGCAACAGGAAACAGCACGACGGUCCUGUGCGCUGUCUCCACUAAACAUUCCACCUUGGGCUGCUAGUAACGUGGUAUUACCUUUCCCUCUUACACUGGCUUUGUGGUGUUAAAGUGCCUGAAGCAGCUAUAUCCCUUCAGGACAGUUCCGGUCACAGAGAGCACAUUUCUCAUAAAGCAAGUGUCACACAGGCCAAGUCUUAGAUUUAUCUCGGGUGGUGUGGGUGUAACUUGGGUACAUACAGAAUCACUGAUGUCAUCAACCUGCCCUUGGUGUCGGUCGAACCUUUACUGACGUUUCUGACAUACUGUCUCCCAAAAAGUUUAUUAGUAAAAAGACCGUCUGCGGUGAGAUAUUGUGCAACAUAUUGCAAGAACUUAUUUCAUUAUGGAUGCAAAAUCAUUUCCACUCUGAUUGCCCAAAUCAUCUGCUUUCCAUCUAUUGCCAGGAUAAUGUUAUUAAGGAAGAUAUUGAGGAUUUAAUAGGUGACAUUGGCGCUUUUUAUAAAUAUUGAACCCGCAAAACAUUUAAAGGUCCAGAGUGCAGGAUUUGGGGGCGUUUACAUGUUUUCCUUAGGUGUAAAAUCUCCUGAUGCUAAGAACUGAAGUGCUUUUGUUUGUUGUUCACCGCCUUGAGUCUGCAAUAGCCCAGAAUGGACAUACCAAACACUGGCUCUACAGAGGACCUUUACCUGUUUUCACCUUUUAUUUUAGCAGUAGGGGUGACAGGGGACAAGGGGUGAUCAGUUCAUUGCACUCUGCAAACACACACCCCCAGAUGCCUCUAAAUCCUGCAUACUGAACCUUUAAGACUGCGCCGCAUUAGGUGCCCAUUGUGAGGCGAAGUGUGCCUUCAAGCCUUCGAUUUUGUCUGGGGAUACUUGCUGAGACGGUCAAUCUGGAUUUCGCGGCACGUAAUGAAAAAGUAAACCCCACUGGUUUCUGAUCAACCUUCAGAGCUCACUUACUGCAGUGCAGGAGAUGAACACCACUGCUGUCAGAAUUUAAAUUGAUAUAUACCGGCUCAUCAUUUUAGUCAUUCACUGUGUCCGCUCUUCUUUACCUUGUGUCCCAUAUGAUGAGGAAUGUUUCCCUGGAUGUAUUGAGCAUGUCUGUUGCUGCUGAGUUUGGGUUGUUCCCACCGUUGUUUUUUUAUUUUUUUUAUUUCUUAUAUUGGUUGUAUUUUUGUAUCUCGGUUAUUUACAUUGUCAUGUAUCACCACAAUGUUUUUACUGCACCCUUGCAUUGUUGUCGCUCCACUGUGUAUUCCUGUGAUAUUUUAUUAACACUCAAAGCAAAACGAUGCUUUUUUUUUUUUUAAAGCGACACUGGUUAAGGUAUGUGUGUGUGUAAAGACACUCAUCUCAGGAGUUAUUUCUUUUACGGCGAAUGGACUGUGAGUCGCAGCGCAAUUUACUACUGUGGACUUGAAGCGAGUCUCUGCAGAGCCACUUUUUUUUUCACCUCUGUGUUACACUGCUAAUAAGUGUGGUGCUGUGAACAAGCAAAUACUGUACUCACAUCCGGCGAUCCAGUGACCCCGUCUUCUUCUCACAUUAUGUUCCUGUGAGCUUUAUUUGUCACUAGUGCUGUGUGGGAUUUCAGUGUUCUUCUGAGUCAUAUUUUUUUUUUUUGUUUUUGUUUUUCAGAACAAAUGAUGCAAACAAAAUAGCUGCUUACAAAUCUGUAUGUCACCACGGGGAGAUGUUACGUUCCAAAGCAUUUGGUGUAAUCUUGCCGUCUCGUUAUUAUGUUGAUAUCACUGGUGGAAUUUCUUGUUCACAUGUGUUGUUAAACCUGUGUCUUACUCUGCUUUGGAUAUACAACAUGCUGAGAUCAGUGUUUCCUAAAUAUUUGUCCUAAUAUGGUGUCGUCAGUCAUCAUUGUGUAAUUAUUUCAAGUAUUUAUCAGGGCGAGCUAAUGUAAUGAACGCCAGCUGAUGUGCGACUCAGCAAGGAACGUCAUGCUGACGCCCAGGCUGGGGCUUUUUUUUUUUUUCUUUUUCUUUUUUCUUUUGGCCCUGAUGAAUUUGAAAAUAACACCAUAUCUGACAUCCAAUGCACUUUUUGAGUCACAUCCCUCACCUGCCAAUCCGAGCUAUGCAAUGUAAUGUAUACCCCACAGCCAGUUUACCCCCAUGUGUAUGACAAUUUUAGCACAAACAAUCAAACUUGAUAUUCGGUUUGUGUCUUUUUAUGAAUGGGUUUUUAUGUAUAUGUAUUUAAGAAUAAAUAUUGUUGCUUAACGGUUGUUGUUGAUUGACUUGUGCGGAGCUCAAGAGUCGAGAUUUGAGGAUUUGAGCGAGGCGUAAGACUCGACCGGACUGAGGACUAGGCUUCGCUUGAAACUGGAAUGCAACAACAUCCUAAUCUCAUGUUUUGACCCGG